GAACGUGUGAUCGUGAAACUCGUCUCAUUUCAUAUUUUCGUUAAAUAAAAUGGUUAUACAAUGUACAAGGAUUUAUUUUCGAAUUAUGCAACGUGUACAAUAUUGUAUUAAUAAAAGCUUUUAGAAGCUGCAUUAAUAAAAGUUAAUUAACGAAUGUUUGUGUCAUGUUUAUAAAAAUACAAGAGUGCUAAGAAAAUUCAAACAAAAAUGAGUCUAAGAAAUAUAAUCUACAAAAAUCUUAAAUCAACUUUAUCACAGAAGAAUGUGUCGACUAAAAUAGGAGGUUCCUGCAAAUAUUACUCGACCAAAGAACUUCUGAAGGAGGCUUACUGUCGAACAAGAUUAAAAUACAGAUCUAAAAAGCUGCCUCAGGAUGUGAAUCCACAGGGUGUGUUUGCUUGUAAUGAGCUGGAUCUUACAGAGGUUCAUGUUUAUGGCUUUGACUAUGAUUACACUUUAGCACACUAUAAACCGACUCUAGAACAUUUACUUUAUAAUCUAGGAAGGGAUAUGCUACUGGAAAAAUAUAAGUAUCCUCCAGAGAUUUCAAAAUUGGAAUACAAGCCCCAUUUUGCUGUACGUGGUCUGCAUUAUGACAUUGAAAAAGGUUUACUUCUGAAGCUGGACUCGUUUCUCCAAAUCCAGUUUGGUGCCGUAUACAGAGGCCUUACUCCCGUCUCUACAGAGGAAGUUCUUAAGAUAUACAAGAACAGAAUAAUUCCAAUUGCAUAUGUGGAAGGAGAUAUGAGAGCUAAUAAGGCGAGUCGAGCGAAAAUGGUACACUUGGCUGAUCUGUUCUCCGUGCCCGAGAUGGGUCUGCUGUGUAACGUCGCCGAGUAUUUCAUCAAGAACCAAAUCGACUACCACCCUGAGAUCCUAUUUUUAGAUGUGAAGAAUUCGGUCCAAAGCUGUCACCCGAUUAUGCACCAGAUAGUGGCGAAAAAUGUGGAAGAAUACAUCAGGCCAAACGCCGACCUGAAGCGAUAUUUCCAGUUGCUGCAGGAGGGAGGCAAGAAGUUGUUCCUGGUGACCAACAGUCCCUAUCAUUUUGUCAAUGCCGGCAUGGAGAUGCUAGUAGGCCGCGACUGGCGGGAAUUCUUCGACGUGGUGAUCGUGAACGCUAACAAGCCCAAGUUCUUCACGGAAGUGUCGCGGCCGAUACGCGUGUUCGACAAGAACGCCAACUGCCAUAUUUGGGAGAAGGUCACCUCGUUAGAGAAAGGCGUUAUAUACUAUGAGGGCACAGUGAAGCAGCUGCAGGAGCUGACGGGGUGGUGCGGUCACCAGGUGCUGUACUUCGGCGACCAUCCCUACUCCGACCUCGCCGACGUCACGCUGGAGCACGGCUGGCGGACCGGCGCCAUCAUCAACGAGCUCACUCACGAGAUCAACACGCUGAAUAUGGAGAAGUUCAAGAAGAAUGCCAAUUGGCUGCAGAUGCUGACCCAGCUGAUUGAGGACCAUCAGGACCAGACCGACCCCGAGGCCGUCGCCGUCCUCGCGGAGUGGAUGGCCGAGAGAGACCAGCUCAGGAACGAGACGAAGUCGGUGUUUAACCCGCAGUUCGGCUCUGUGUUCCGGACGUAUCACAACCCGACUUAUUUCUCCCGGCGACUGUUCCGUUUCGCCGACAUAUACACCUCCAAUAUACGGAACCUACUCAACUACUCGCUCACGCACACAUUCUACCCCCGACGUGGUGUUAUGCCACACGAAUAUGGAUCUUACUUCGUAUAGAUUAAGACUCAAUCAGUCGAAAUAAGCGGACGAAAUCGAAUCGAUGUAGAUAAGCAACUGUGUUGUCAGUAAGGAUAAAUGUAAGUAAAACUGUUUUUGUAUAUCAUGUGUUCAAGUUGACUAAAACUAAGGUCUAAUCAUCGUCUGUUCGUAGAAAUAUUUUUGCUCUAUGGUUCACAUUUUAAAUGUCAAAGUGACAUUGACAUUCGACCUAAAUAGUAAUAGGUUGGCAACACUAACAUUUUAAUUUUCCCGCCGAGUAUUGGUCAAGCAAAUAUUAUAUGUACGUUUUUUAAAUAAUAUUAUAAUUCAAAGUUAUCUGUGGAUGGAUCUUGGUUCUAUUCUCAGCCUGUAUCACUCGCGCAAGAUUUUUGAGGAUCGAGAUUCAAAAGACGAAGAUCAUGCCUCAGGUAGAUUGUAAACUAUUUUCAUAAGUAUUAAAUAGGCAGUAUUUCUAGAUACUUUACAACGACAAUAUUUUGUAUUACUACUUAGAAUAUCAACUCAGAAUAUUUUAGAGAAUUUUUAUCCGUUUUAUGAUUACAAACAAGAUCUAAUUAGAAUAGAAGGGCCUGCUUGUGUUGUUGGAUAGUUGCUUAAAGUGUUUAUGAUAUUUUAUUUUUGCAACAAAUAAUUUUAUUAUUUCUAGAUAUACCACAGUUUAUAAUUCGGGUUCAUUUC